AUAACAUUAUUAGACUUUGUUUUCCGUAAUAUCCAUUUUUUUCUUAAUAAUGAAGAAAAAUAUCUCUGGUUUCAAAAAAAAAAGAAAAAUAUCUCCAUUUUCUUCAUUUCGUCAGCAAUGACGUACUAUCUACAAAAUUGACCUAAUUCUACCCUAAUCCAAAAACAACAUCAAAAAUAUAAAUAGUCUUUUUUUUAUUCAUUCACUGUCACUUUCAUUACAAGCCGCCACCCUCACUCUUGCAUUCAUCCUCAAAUUCAGCAUUCUCAUUUCUCAUCCGAUCAACCCUCUUUACCUGCGCCACUCUCUUCAGGCCAGCUUUAGAUCCAGCGUUGAAAGAUGAUGAACAACAACUCAUCGCCCAAAACCAUUCCGGAUGAUCUGAUCAUGGAUAACAUCCUAACAAGACUUGAAGUGAGACCUCUACUUUGCUUCAAGUCUGUUUCAAGAGGAUGGCUUUCCAUGAUAUCGAGUCCUGAAUUCGCCAAAAAGCACUUUGAAUUGAUGUUCCCCUCGCACGAUCAAAAUCUGAUUGUUCAAGAGGAGCGUGAUUCUGAGGAAGAAGAUAAGUUUUAUUUAUCGUUUGACAAUAAUUACAAUCUGAUUGAGUAUACUAGAUUGAUGAAUAGACAUCCUACUCUUCGAUUUAAUACUCUAAAUACUCGUGUGGUGGGCUCUUCUAAUGGGCUAUUGUGUAUGUAUGAUGAAGAUAGUCUGCGCUUGUAUGUUUGGAACCCUGCGACCAACCACUGCCGCGAGACCAUUGUUCCGUUGGCUCGUGGUAGGUGGGAUGAUUUUCAAAUGAAGUGUAUUGGGUUUGGUUAUGUGUCGUCUAUUGAUGAUUAUAAGAUAGGGUGUUUUGUGUUAUAUAAUCAAACUUUACAAAUUCUUAUGUUUUCAUUGAAAACUGGGAUUUGGACACAAAAGCCUCAGACAGUUCUAUACUAUCCAUUGUUGUUAACAUUUGAAGAUGAAAACCCGGCAUUUGUUGGUGAUACCAUUUAUUGGAUUCCUCAACAUUUGAAUCCAGAGAUAAACUACAUAAUUGGGUUGGAUUUAGUUGAAGAAGAUAUGGUGUUUAUCCCAGUAAUAGCAAGAUUCCCCGGAGAUUGGGUAAGUGCAAAAUUAUUUCGGAUGGAAGGGUGCUUAGCCUUAUGUUUAAUUCAGAAUUAUGCUAAUGAUGAAAAGAGUAUUUGUCAUGUUUGGAAGAUGAAAAGGGAGGAAUAUGGUGAAGAGGCAUAUGCGAUUUCGUGGAAGAAAGUAUUAUGUCUUAACUAUGUAGGAACGGAUUUUAAUUUUUUAUUUGAGACAGGGAAGUGUUUGGUAAGUCAGAUAUCAUAUCAAUCUCAUCGGCUUAUACUACAUGAACUUAGCAAGGUAUCGAAACCAAAACAAGAGCAAGAGCAAGAGCAACAAGAAGAGCAAGAGCAAGAACGACAAAAACCACCCGAUGAAGGUACCAUUGUUUGGGAAUCAGCAGAUGGAGGAAGCUUGGCUAACUACUUUUCAUCAAGGGCCACAUUCGGCUAUUCUGAGAGUCUCGUUUCACCUUUGGAAGAGAAUGAAGAUUGACUGAGCUUGAGAGAAGAUUAUGAAGAAAAAGGGACUUAAUUAGGAGCCAAUUAAUAAUUAAUCAGUGUUUGGUGUUGUUUGUGUCAAUUUGUCAUUGUAAUAUUAAGUUGCUUUUUAGUCUCAAUUUUAGUCCAAUUUUACUGUUUGUAUUGGCUAGUCUUAGCAAUCCAGACAUUACUAUGUUGCCUUGUAAUAGAGAUUAUCU